CAUCAUACACAGUACAUUUGACAAGCAAAGUUAAGCUUUCUGGCAGUGCUUUUAUUAAAUUCCUAGCUUCCUGGGCAGUGUUAGAGAGCUGUGUGCACCAGCUAAAGCUCUUAGGGCAGAGCCGUGGGAAGGCAGGGAGGGACUGAAUACUUAACAGUUACAUCUUGAACUUUUUUGGAUGCUUUCAGUCAGGGCUGAGAGGUGAAAUGAGUUUUUUCCCUGUUUUGUUGAAAAAGGGGAGACGUAGGUGGGGAGAUCAGCAUCCUAGUGCUGGAAAGUUUAAAGGCAUGGUUUUAAUUCUGUUUAGAGGGGUGGUCCCUCGGGAUGCGCUAAAACCACCCCCAUCCACAAGACUGUACUUAACAUAGUGUGCUCCAGAACUGGUUCCCAGUUCGCUGGAGCUGGUGAAGAUGAAGGGGUCUGGAGUAAAUUUUAAAAAAGUAUUUUUUAAUUAGGUUUUCUGGGAAACCUCUUCUGAGAAAGGGAUGAGAAAUCAAGGAAGGUGAAAUAGCAAACAUGGCACUGAUGCUUUUUUUUUUUUUUUUAAUUGGAUGAGCCAAUGCAUUUGGGAAACGGGGUCAGUUUUGAGGAAGGAACUCAGAGCCUGAAAGUGUCCCAGUUUUAUGUGUUAGUCAAAGAUACUGCGCUGUUGUCACUCAUCUUUUAAAUCAACAUAUGUUAGAUGAUACUAUUUUGCUUCUCUGUGAAGCUGCAUGAAAUUGCUCAGUUGUUUGUUAAGCAUCUCUUCACAGGUUACUGACGUCCUGGCUACAACCACUGUUGUGUUUUCUAGCGUGCAAAUAGGAUUUCUUCCCCCUCCAGUUUUGCUUUGCUCCUCCAGUUCAGUUUAUUCAGUUCCAAAGAGUGGUGGAAAAACAUUGUUAUAAAAUUAUCCUUGAGGUUAGUCUUCUGCCAAGGCAAGGUGCUGGGCUAGCUUUUCAGCUCCCAAGAUAAGUGUUGCUGAUGUGGCUUAUUCCUUUAUCCUUUGUUUUUUUCUUUCUUUCUUUUCUGCCCACUGUCAGUGAUUCAGACCAGAUAACACUGGGAGUUCUUUCAAAUGUCCUCAAAAUGAGAAAACAGCAGAGUGUAGCAGCCACGCUGCUGGAGUCAUUAACUUUGAGUUCAUCAGAUUUUUCCACUUCUUUUUUGUAAUGACGUGGGCUUUUCAUAUCUGCUUCCUUUCCAGCCAGUAGGAAUGUUUUGGAUCCUGGUCUGUGUUGAUAAUAUCACUUGUCUUUUUUCUUUUUUCUUUUUUUUUUAACAGCCACAAGUGAAGUUACUUAAACUGUGCUUAAGCAAUGCAAACUCCUUUUUUUUAUAGCUGCAUGUUACUGAGACGUGUUUAAAGUCUUUUACAUACCCAUGGCCACCAUGAAAGUGUUUAUCGUGCUCUUAAGCACGCAGCUAUGAAAUCCUCUGCACUUGCAGUGCUUGGAUGAAUGAGCUGCGUGGAACAGUGUGUUGUUACAUUUUGUACGGUCUUUGAGAGUUAUGUGGCUCAUGUUGUUAAAAAUCUAUAUAUGAAAUGGUAAAUUCCUCAGAGGCUGAAGACUGGUUAUCUGCGUUACAGAUCAUUUAAGUCUUAUUCCCUUUUGCCCAGCUUCAUUUACAACAGUAAUCAUAUUUUUUAUGUUUCAUAAAGUAGUAUAAUAAAUGUUAGAUUCAGUAUGGGUAGCAUGAAGCCCCCAGACACCAUAGACUAAAUACUCGCGCCUUGGGCUGCAGCGCCCUUUCACUUUUAAUCUAAGUUUCAUGCAAACAAGCGAAUUAGAUUUGUAUCUUUUCAUGCUGCGCAUUUGUGUUUGGCAAGAGGAAGUCAGUUCAGAUCGCCACAUUUAUCUUCCCACCCUAUGGGCUGAGCAAGCACGUAACACCCAGUUUCUAGGGGGGGAAGCGUAGCUUUUCAGUCUAGUCAGGUGCAUGGAGUACAGAGUAUUCACGGUAUACAAGACCAGUUAAGUUAUGUAUGUAAAGCAUGUAUGAGUUAAUGGGAGUUCUUAUUUAUUGCUGUAGGACUUUGCAUCGUUCAGAGAUGCUACAUGAACCAGGCAGUCUCGGAGUUGAAGAUUAAGAAGAGGGCGGUCAGUGGGUCACUGUACUGCUGUUUUCGUUUUGAGGCUACAGCGAAUCCAUCCCCAUACCUGAAACUGAGUCAGCAGCUGCGCUGCUGAAGCUAUGCCUGUGCACUCAGCACCUCCCUACAUUUCUGAAUGCAUGUUCCUCAUGGAAAACACCCCCUCAGCAGGUGAGCAUUGGUGAAAAUGGGGGAUACAAGAGACAUCUGUCCUCACCUGGAUUCCAUAGGAGAGGUGACCAGGGAUGAUCUGCUGCUCAAAUCCAAGGGAACUUGCCAGUCUUGUGGAGCUGUGGGACCAAAUCUCUGGGCUUGUCUUCAGAUCGGUUGUUCUUAUGUUGGUUGUGGGGAGUCCUUUGCUGACCACAGCACACUUCAUGCACAGGCUAAAAAGCACAACCUGACGGUGAAUCUGACCACUUUCCGGGUCUGGUGUUACGCUUGUGAGAAGGAGGUGUUCUUGGACCAGCGGCUGGCAACGCACACGCAGUCGCCGCCAGUGAAGUUCUCUGAGCCGGAUUCUCCGUUGCCUGCUCACCCUUUGAAAGCUGUUCCAAUUGCAGUGGCUGAUGAAGGCGAAUCUGAAUCAGAGGAUGAUGAUUUGAAGCCAAGAGGCCUUACUGGAAUGAAAAAUCUUGGGAACUCCUGCUACAUGAAUGCAGCACUUCAGGCUCUCUCUAACUGCCCACCUCUCACACAGUUUUUUCUGGAAUGUGGUGGACUGGUCCGUACAGAUAAGAAACCAGCACUCUGCAAAAGUUACCAGAAGUUGGUGUCUGAGGUUUGGCAUAAAAAACGCCCAAGUUACGUUGUUCCAAGCAGUCUCUCCCAUGGAAUUAAACUCGUCAACCCCAUGUUCCGAGGCUAUGCACAGCAGGACACUCAGGAGUUCCUGCGAUGCCUGAUGGAUCAACUUCACGAAGAACUGAAAGAACCAAUUGUUGCAGAGACGAGGGAUUUGGAUACCAGUGACCAGGAUGACAAGCGAGAGGGUGACCGAAGUCCUUCGGAGGAUGAGUUCCUCUCCUGUGACUCAAGCAGUGACAGGGGUGAAGGAGAUGGUCAAAGUCGGACCGCAGGGGGCAUGGGCGGCGGCUCCCUGGCAGAGACAGAGCUGUUGAUCCAGGAUGAGGCAGGGAGAGGGAUCUCUGAGAAAGAGAGGAUGAAGGACAGAAAGUUCUCCUGUGGCCAUCGGCGCAGCAACUCGGAGCAGGUGGAUGAGGACGCAGAUGUUGAUACUACUAUGAUGCCAGUUGACGGUAGAGCCUCACCUGAGGUGCUGCCAGCUCCCCGUCCUGCCAGCCCAUGUAGGACACCAGAACCUGACAAUGAUGCCUAUGUGCGCUGCUCCUCACGCCCCUGCAGUCCAGUCCAUCAUGAAAUGCACUCAAAGCUCUCCAGCAGUCCUCCUCGCUCCAGUCCUGCCAGGCUUGGACCUUCCUAUGUACUCAAGAAAGCCCAGAUGCAGGCUUCUGGGAAGAAGAAGAAAGAACUUCGCUAUCGCAGUGUGAUUUCUGACAUCUUCGAUGGCUCCAUUCUCAGCCUGGUGCAGUGCCUCACCUGCGACAGAGUUUCUACGACAGUGGAGACGUUCCAGGACCUGUCACUCCCAAUCCCAGGGAAGGAGGACUUGGCCAAGCUGCACUCUGCCAUCUACCAAAACGUGCCAGCUAAGGCAGGGGCAUGUGGGGACAACUAUGCCUCACAAGGCUGGAUUGCUUUCAUCAUGGAGUAUAUCCGGAGAUUUGUCGUGUCCUGUAUCCCUAGCUGGUUUUGGGGUCCUGUUGUGACGCUGGAGGAUUGCCUUGCUGCCUUUUUUGCAGCAGAUGAGUUGAAGGGGGACAACAUGUACAGCUGUGAACGGUGUAAAAAACUGCGGAACGGAGUAAAGUACUGCAAAGUCCUCCGUCUACCAGAGAUUCUUUGCAUCCACUUGAAGCGGUUUCGGCAUGAGGUGAUGUAUUCCUUCAAGAUCAACAGUCAUGUCUCCUUCCCCUUGGAAGGGCUGGAUCUGCGACCUUUCCUAGCCAAGGAGUGCGUCUCCCAGAUCACCACCUACGAUCUCCUGUCGGUCAUCUGUCACCAUGGCACAGCAGGCAGUGGGCAUUACAUAGCCUACUGCCAGAACGUGAUCAAUGGCCAGUGGUACGAGUUUGAUGACCAGUAUGUCACUGAAGUCCAUGAGACCGUGGUGCAGAAUGCAGAAGCCUAUGUCUUGUUCUACAGGAAAAGCAGUGAAGAGGCUGUGCGAGAGCGUCAGAAAGUUGUGUCCCUUGCCAGCAUGAAGGAGCACAGUUUACUGCAGUUCUACAUCUCUCGAGAGUGGCUCAAUAAAUUCAACACCUUUGCCGAGCCUGGUCCCAUCACCAAUCACACCUUUCUGUGCUCUCAUGGAGGAAUCCCUCCUAAUAAGUACCACUACAUCGAUGACCUGGUUGUGAUUCUGCCCCAGAAUGUGUGGGAAUAUCUCUACAACAGGUUCGGGGGUGGCCCUGCUGUGAACCAUCUGUACGUGUGCUCGAUUUGCCAAGUGGAGAUUGAAGCACUGGCCAAACGCAGGAGAAUUGAAAUCGACACCUUCAUCAAGCUGAACAAGGCUUUCCAGGCAGAGGAGUCUCCAAGUGUCAUCUACUGUAUCAGCAUGCAGUGGUUCCGUGAGUGGGAAGCCUUUGUCAAGGGGAAGGAUAACGAGCCUCCCGGACCAAUUGACAACAGCAAGAUUGCACUCACAAAACCAGGUGGCCACGUGCAAGUUAAGCAGGGUGCUGACUACGGGCAGAUUUCCGAGGAGACAUGGAUUUAUUUAAGCACACUGUACGGAGGAGGCCCAGAGAUUGCUAUCAGACAGAACGUGGCCCAGGUCCAAGACCUGGAAAACCUACACGGGGAGCAGAAGAUUGAAGCAGAGACGCGGGCUGUGUGAUCUGUGCGGGAUGGGGCAGGGAAGCAGGCAGUGUUGCAACUAGAGAAACCUGUUAUUUGAAGCUGACUGAAGCCACAAGGUCUCCCGGUAGUUUUGUGCUGGUGGUGCACAGCUGUCACAACUUCCUAGUUUUGCUCUUUAUCUAAUUCUUGCAAAUUCAGUUGCAAUCAGCCAAGACAUUUUGAAAGAGGCCCUUUCUUUCUCCCCUAGUCCCUAAAGCCACACCUUCAUGGUGCUGCAGAAUUUUUUUCUCCUUGUGUCUGAUUUCACGUGUUCAGCACGUUUUCAGAGAACAAAGCUGGAAGAUGAGUCCUCCUUCCCAACGGCUUCCCACUGAACUCCUUCCGCUGAAGCUCCCGGCAGCUUUGUAGCUAUGGGAUGCAGCCUUCCGGGUGUUGAGCUCGCAGGGGCGGCACAGGAGCAGCUCAAACUCAGAGCUGUUAACGGGCAGAAUCUGUUGGAGCAGGACACAGGACAGCCCUGAUGCAGACUUUAGGACUCUGGUUCAUAACCCCGUUCUCAGACCGACCCUGCCGUAAGCCGAGCUCUGUCUCCGCAUCUGUCACGAGAAGCAAAGGGUGCGUGAAGGGUGAGGAGCCCGUUUGUUUGCACAGAGCCCGUUCGGCUGGGGCGCCCCGGGCAGGGCGGCAGUUCGGUGCUGGGGAAGGGGCCUGGCUGAGCAGGGCCCGGGCUGCUGAGGCAGCUUUUUAGGAAUGAGCUGCUUUCUGCGAACGAGCCCCCACCGGUGCGCCGAGGCCUUUCCAGCUUCUCAAUGCAGAUGUCGUUUGUGUGCACAGUGGCUCAUUUAAUGACCAGAAAUAACUGGCUCCCCAACCUACUGCUAACACAGCCACAGAGCGUCUGAUAGCAGGCAGUGGUGACAGGAAGGAAGACAAAAAAGGCUAAACACUGCUUUUCUCAGCAGUGCUAUUAUUUAAAGUUCUUUGUUCAUCUCGUAAGCCAAAAAGGCAAUAGAGAAGUCUUUGCAAAUGUCUGAGUGCCAUUUCAUGGAAGCAGAGCAAGGCAGAGGUGGCCUCUCAUGGGCUGAGGAACCAAACUGUGUGUUCAUGGCGCUGGAACCCGAACGAUCCCGCAGCAUCACGUCUGGCCUUGGUGGCACCAGGCUCAGCACGGGGCUGCGGCCUCCUGAGCGCCUCGUGGAAAAGGCGGCGGGAGGGAGGGAGAGGGGAGGCAAAGGCUGCUCUUUGAGAAAGUGGGUAAGGGUGUAGGAGAAGAGGAAAAUGUGGCCUUCAGAAUUUUAUUUUUAGACCAAACGUUCACUGCAAACAGCAACUUCUUUAAAAAAGCAUCUGUAAAUGGUUCAGCAUGUGACUUCUGUCCUGUUUAUUGGAUGCUUGUAUAUACCCAGCCAGGCCCGAGGGGAGGUCAGAGCUACUGUUGGGAUUUCUCGUUGUUUCAAGCUGUCUUCGUUAGCCACUGCAGCCGCCUUCGAACCUGCUGCAGCGCCUGUAGGGCUGCAUGUCCGUGUUGUCUGUGCCGUUCAGAGGAUGCUGUACAGAUUGUAAUAACACUCCUGUGCUUAAGUGUUCUACUUUGUGCUGAAAAUGUGUUACAAUAAAUCCAUGUGCAUUCAA